GCCACCGGCAAUCCCAGCAUGCACCGCGGCCGCCCAGCAGCAGCAAAAAAUAGUCCGCUAAACGCCAGGCCGCGACGAGCCACCAGUUAGCAUCAGGAGCUAAUUCCCGCGAGUCAAACUGCGCCCUAACCGCUCGACAUGGCCGACAACGAGAAACUGGAUAACCAGCGACUGAAGAACUUCAAGAACAAGGGUCGUGAUUUGGAGACUAUGAGAAGACAGAGGACAGAAGUCGUGGUGGAGCUCCGAAAGAACAAAAGAGACGAACACCUCUUGAAAAGAAGAAACGUGCCUCAUGAAGACUACUGUGAGGACUCCGACGUCGAUGGAGAUUUCCGAUCGCAAAACACCUCCCUUGAAGCAAUAGUACAAAACGCUACCAGUGAUAAUCAGGGGGUCCAGCUGAGUGCUGUUCAGGCUGCCAGGAAAUUACUGUCCAGUGACCGCAACCCUCCCAUAGAUGACCUGAUUAAGUCUGGGAUCCUUCCUAUUCUGGUCCACUGUCUGGAUAGAGAUGACAACCCUUCUCUUCAGUUUGAGGCAGCCUGGGCUCUAACCAACAUUGCAUCUGGUACCUCAGAGCAAACCCAAGCUGUGGUGCAGUCCAAUGCUGUGCCGCUGUUCCUGAGGCUCCUUCACUCCCCUCAUCAAAAUGUGUGUGAACAGGCAGUCUGGGCUUUGGGCAACAUCAUCGGCGACGGGCCACAAUGCAGAGACUACGUGAUUAGCUUAGGCGUUGUCAAGCCUCUGCUGUCAUUCAUCAGUCCCUCCAUCCCUAUCACUUUUCUGCGCAAUGUCACCUGGGUUAUGGUCAAUCUGUGCCGCCAUAAAGACCCUCCCCCGCCGAUGGAGACCAUCCAAGAGAUCUUGCCAGCCCUCUGCGUGCUUAUCCACCACACCGACGUCAGUAUUUUGGUAGACACCGUGUGGGCUCUGUCCUACCUGACAGACGCUGGUAACGAGCAGAUCCAAAUGGUGAUUGACUCCGGCAUCGUCCCCCUUCUGGUACCGCUGCUCAGCCACCAGGAGGUCAAAGUACAGACUGCUGCACUGAGGGCUGUGGGCAACAUUGUGACAGGCACAGAUGAACAGACACAGGUUGUGCUCAACUGUGACGCGCUCAACCACUUCCCCGCCCUUUUGUCGCACCCUAAGGAGAAAAUCAACAAGGAGGCAGUGUGGUUCCUGUCAAACAUCACAGCAGGUAAUCAGCAGCAGGUGCAGGCUGUUAUUGAUGCCAAGCUUGUUCCCAAGAUCAUUCACCUUCUUGACAAGGGUGACUUUGGAACCCAGAAGGAAGCAGCUUGGGCCAUCAGCAAUCUUACAAUAAGUGGGAGAAAAGAUCAGGUGGCACAUCUGAUUGAGAAGCAGGUGAUCCCUCCGUUCUGCAACCUGCUUACGGUGAAAGACGCCCAAGUUGUGCAGGUGGUUUUGGACGGCCUCAGCAAUAUCCUGAAGAUGGCUGAUGAAGAGGCUGACACUAUUGCUAAUCUCAUUGAAGAGUGCGGAGGUUUGGAGAAAGUGGAGCAGCUGCAAAAUCAUGAAAAUGGCGAUAUCUACAAGCUAGCAUAUCAAAUAAUUGAUCAGUUCUUCUCAUCUGAUGAUAUUGAUGAAGACAACAGCCUGGUCCCCGAAGCCAUCCAGGGCGGAACUUUUGGCUUUAACUCUGCCAACGUGCCAGCCGAGGGAUUCCAGUUCUAGACCGCAUCUGGGGUAUUCUGGAGUUUUGUUCACGAUGCAGCACUCUGUUCAACAUAUAAAAAAAAAAAUAGGAGAGCGAGCGAGAGAGAGAGAGCGAGAGUGUGAGAUAUUUGAUCCAUUGUGCUUGGCUCGUGGGAUCCACGGCUGCAUCUUAUCUGAGAGAAAAAUGUGUGGAUUUCAUUUGGCAUUCCAGGGGGAACCAGCCCAAAUGAAGUUUGAGUUGGCGAGUGGGUGCGAGUGAGAAUGAGUGGCUACAUGUUGCUAAAAAAACAAAAAAAAGAAGCAAAAACACCUACAUCAACAGUUUGGAGAGACAUGCCGACCUAACUGGUUCUUGGAGCGGUCCUCUUCCAAGAAAAACUACGAGGAAACUCCCAUGUCUGCCCGAGGAGCACCACGAUAUCUGGAAAUCUCAAUGCAGAAGUGCAUCAAACUUUAAUUACGAACUGAAAUGAACCACGAAUCAUCACAAUUCCUCGUUCCUCCCAACUCGAGGGCGCCCCCUCCCCUAAUCGGCCACACUAUCAGACGUGUGUGAAUGGACCCAUUGCGUAUGAAUGUCUGGACUCAGUGCUGAGGAGCCAGGUUCAUCUCCUCUCAACAGGGCACCAUCCUCCUACCCCCUGCCCACGGGGGGGGGCGGCGGGGCCGGGAGUCCGACUGCGCGUGUCACGUGUGCGAGAGAGAGAGAGAGGGUGGGUGGGUGGGUGGGUAUGUGUGUGCUUGGCUGCGUGCCUGACUAGAAGUGUGCGAGCGCAUGCGGGGACGGGGAAAAAUACAAAAUGCAACAUCUUUUGAAGAAUUGAGCAACGCGGGGAGGUUUAGAAACGAUUUCAAGAAAGAAAUUCGGCCUUUGAGGCUGAUCCUCAAAGCCCUGAAAAGAAGAACUUUGGAUAUGAGAAGGAGAGAAAAAAAAAAAUGUCAUUGCAAGGUUUAUUUUGUUUUCAAUUAAUUUAGUAAUAAUUGACACUGGACAUUGCUAUUGGCAGAUGCAGAGAUAUGGUGCGUUAUAUAUUAAGAUGGAUUUGGUGGCUUUGGAGCUUUUCUGUUUGCCUCCAGCGCGUUCCUUUUUAUGCUUUAAUUUUAUUUUCAGCUUUUACUUUAAUUGCUUCAGUACUGGUGGUUGAUGGCGAUCAUCAAGCCUCCCUCACACCACAACCCUAAAACUACGCCACCAGACAUGCUGUGAAAUCGACACCAUUGUUAGGAAUAACUAAAAGAUUCAGUUACCCUUACGAGCGUUAUUUUUUAAUCGCAGCGGGAAAGGAAAAAAAAAAAAAAAUGUUGCCAUAGCUUUGACUAAUGAUCAUGAAAGCGAGAAGUGAACAA